CUAGUUGAAAAGUUCGGACAUUCUUCCAUUUUCACGUAUUAAAAGAUAACAUUCCUAACUAAUGUUGCGAUAUAAUGGACAGAAUCUACUGCAGUUAAUAGUAUUAGGAUAAACAACGUCUCCCAAAAUCGGUGUUCUGUAUGCCGUUAUUGUGAUUAUAUAAACGUUUAUAUUUCCAUCCCAAAUGAUUUAUUUUUUAAACUGAAUUGUUGGAAAGAGACAGUGUAAACCAAACAGACGUUUUGCGAAAUAAAAGAACUCGCACACAAAAAACAAUGAAGCAGCGAGUCAAAUCAUCUGGGAGUCGAUUGAGCAUGUUUAGUUCAAUGGGGCAUCUAGAUGGUGAUAGUAAAAUUGUUCCCGAUUCACUACUUCAAAUGGCUUACUACACAUUGAUUGUUGUGCUGUUCAUUGGCAGCAGUGUUAAUGGGGCAAAUCAACUACAUAUUGGAGGCAUCUUUCCUAUAGCAGGAAAAGGGGGUUGGCAAGGGGGCCAAGCGUGUCAUCCAGCUGCAAAAUUGGCCCUGAAAGAUGUGAACGAGAAUCCAGAUCUGCUGCCAGGAUUUAAUUUAACAUUGCACAGCAACGAUAGUGAGUGCGAACCCGGAUUAGGGGCCAGCGUUAUGUACAAUUUACUGUAUAAUUCACCUCAAAAGCUAAUGCUGUUGGCUGGAUGUAGUACGGUUUGUACAACCGUCGCGGAAGCGGCAAAAAUGUGGAAUUUAGUAGUAUUAUGCUAUGGAGCCAGCAGUCCAGCGCUUUCCGAUCGUAGCCGUUUCCCUACCCUUUUCAGAACACACCCUUCAGCUACAGUACACAAUCCAACUAGAAUAAAGCUCAUGCAAAAAUUUGAAUGGUCAAGGGUAGCAAUACUGCAACAGGCAGAAGAAGUGUUUAUCUCGACGGUAGAAGAUUUGGAAACUCGCUGCAAAGAUGCUGGCAUCGAAAUAGUGACAAGACAAUCAUUCCUUUCUGAUCCUACUGAUGCCGUUCGUAAUUUGCGUCGCCAAGAUGCGCGCAUUAUAGUUGGACUGUUUUAUGUCGUUGCGGCGCGGCGUGUUUUAUGUGAGAUGUACAAACAGCAACUUUAUGGAAGAGCGUAUGUUUGGUUUUUCAUAGGUUGGUACGAGGACAACUGGUACGAAGUGAAUUUGAAGAAUGAAAAUAUUUCCUGCACGAAGGAGCAAAUGAAGAUUGCUGCGGAAGGUCAUUUAACGACGGAAGCCUUAAUGUGGAAUCAAAACAAUCAGAAAACUAUAUCUGGUAUGUCAUCAGAAGAUUUUCGGAAACGGUUGAAUGCUGCCCUUAUUGAGGAGGGAUACGAUAUUAGUCAUAACCGUUAUCCCGAGGGUUAUCAAGAAGCGCCACUAGCAUACGACGCAGUCUGGAGCGUAGCUUUAGCUUUCAAUAAAACGAUGCAACGUUUGAGGAAUUUAAACUUGGGAAAAAACUUGAAGGAUUUUACAUACACCGAUAAAGAAAUCGCAAACGCUAUCUACGCUGCUAUGAACUCAACACAAUUUCUUGGUGUAUCGGGUGUAGUUGCCUUCAGUUCACAGGGUGAUCGCAUUGCUCUAACUCAAAUCGAGCAGAUGAUCGAUGGCCAAUAUUAUAAGCUUGGCUAUUACGACACUCAAGCAGACAAUCUAACGUGGUUUAAUAAAGAAAAAUGGGACGGUGAGAAGGUCCCUCAAGAUCGCACUAUUGUUAGACGUGUGUUAAGAACAGUUUCAUUGCCAUUGUUCAUCUGUAUGAGUACUAUAUCCAGCUUUGGAAUAGUGGUCGCCAUUGCUCUCAUUAUUUUCAAUAUAUGGCACCGACAUCGUCGAGUUAUACAAUCAUCACACCCUGUCUGUAAUACAAUUAUGCUCUUCGGGGUGAUUAUUUGCCUAGUUUCAGUCAUUUUACUAGGAAUUGAUGGCCAAUUCAUAACAGCCGAAAAUUAUCCUAAGGUGUGUCAAGCUAGGGCAUGGAUCCUCUCAACUGGUUUUACGUUAGCGUAUGGAGCUAUGUUUAGCAAAGUUUGGCGUGUGCACCGAUUUACCACAAAAACUAAAACUGAUCCGAAGAAAAAAGUUGAGCCGUGGAAGUUAUACACGAUGGUGUCUGGUUUGUUAACGGUGGACUUAGUCAUACUCCUUACGUGGCAGAUGCAAGACCCUCUUCAGCGCCGCUUGGAAACAUUUCCCUUGGAAGAUCCUGCAUCGUUUAUUGAUGAUGUAAAGAUACGUCCUGAGCUAGAACAUUGCGAAAGUCAAAAUAAUUCUGUUUGGUUAGGUGUUAUUUACGGAUUCAAAGGAUUGAUUUUGGUGUUUGGUCUAUUUUUGGCAUACGAAACCCGUUCUAUUAAAGUAAAACAGAUCAACGACUCACGCUAUGUUGGGAUGAGCAUUUACAACGUAGUGGUUUUAUGUUUGAUCACUGCUCCUGUUGCAAUGGUGAUAGCAUCACAGCAAGAUGCAUCGUUCGCUUUUGUAGCAUUGGCUGUAAUAUUUUGUUGUUUCCUCAGUAUGCUUCUGAUUUUCGUACCGAAGGUAAUUGAGGUUUUGAGACACCCAAAAGAUAAAGCGGAGUCAAAGUUUAGCAAUGAUGCUGGAAUUUCUAAGGAAGACGAAGAGCGUUACCAAAAGCUUAUUUCAGAAAACGAGGACUUGCAAAAAUUGAUUGCUCAAAAGGAAGAUAAAAUACGAUUACUUAAACAACGACUUACGGACAAAGAAUCUAAGAAUCCAGCUCAAACAUUGUCGGAAAAUCUGAAUGGCAGCACAACCGUCGGCGUACAGUUCAAUCGACCUGCAUCAACACCCCAAGUUCAAAACUAAAUGCGUGGGCAAUAUUUGAUAAAAAAACAUUGAUAUAUUCCUACUUUUACUACUGGGUACGCAGACAAUGGCAUAAAAUCGAUAUUAUGGAU